AUGCAUCCAGUCCUCGGAUUACCUUGGCUUGAGCUACUCCACAGAUUUGAUUGGACAAGGAGCUUAACAGUGGAAAGUCAUCGUUUUGAAAUUGCUCUGGUAGUAAUUGAAAAUCAUGCAGGCUAUGAUCAGUCUCUGUUUUACAGAAUUGCUUUCGGGGAUCCAUACAUGGCCGCACUUGUUAGAGAACGAUUUGCUAAUGUGGACCGGGUAAAGGUAUUGCAAGAGGAUUUUACUAGAUGUCAUAUUCGUUCCCAUAUGUUCUCCUUUGUUGAAGGUGAAAGAUUAUUGGAUGCAAAAUCACCACAUGCAAAGGUAGUCUCCAAUAUACCUUUCAAUAUAAGUACAGAUGUUAUUAAACAACUUCUUCCAUUGGGUGACAUUUUCUCAGAAGUCAUUCUCUUGCUCCAGGAGGAAGCAGCUUUGCGCUUCGUGGAUUCAUCCUCGAGGACGUCUGAGUAUCGACCCAUCAAUAUUUUCAUCAACUUUUACUCAGAUCCAGAGUACAAAUUUAAAGUUCCAAGGACAAAUUUUUUCCCUCAACCUAAAGUUGAUGCAGCAAUUGUUGCAUUUAGACUGAAGCAAUCUGUGGACUAUCCUCCAAUUUCCUCCACCAAAAGUUUCUUCUCAAUGGGAACUGAUAAUAUGCAUCUGUCCUUAUUGGAUUGAGGUCAAUUCCGCAUUUAAUGGGAAGCGUAAGAUGUUGCGUAAGACGUUACAGCACAUAUGUACCUCCUCUGAGAUUGAAGAAGCUCUUGGAAAUGUUGGCCUUCCUGCCACAUCGAGGCCAGAGGAGCUCUCAUUGGAUAAUUUUGUGAAGCUGCAUAAUUUGCUUGUGAAAGGAUAGCAAGCUUCUCUGGAAGGGCAAACACUUCCCAACAUCCUUAUAUGAUGAUUACAUGGAACAUAUGCAUCCAGUCCUCGGAUUACCUUGGCUUGAGCUACUCCACAGAUUUGAUUGGACAAGGAGCUUAACAGUGGAAAGUCAUCGUUUUGAAAUUGCUCUGGUAGUAAUUGAAAAUCAUGCAGGCUAUGAUCAGUCUCUGUUUUACAGAAUUGCUUUCGGGGUUCUCUAGCAGGAUCUUCCACAUGGGGACAUUUUCUGGAUUCCAACCACCAUAAUCAGAAUCCAAGGGCACCCUGCAAAUUGUAUCAUAAGAUGUUAUAUUGUUGUUAAUUUUAAUUUUUUUUUGUUUUUUGGGUGAAACCAUAACUUCCAG